CCACCAUAACGGGGGUCCCCCGGGAUGUAGAAUCCCAGCCCCGCCUCGCUGCCUCCACGUGCCCUUGUUGUGCUUGCGGUGGCUGACGGAAGCAUGUCGGUAUAUAAAGUUAAGCUGGACUAUCCAGCACCGUAAGUACCGGUGAGAUGCAGAGCGCUUCAUGCAACUCUAAAGCUGCUUAGAUCCCGGCAGAGCACGCAGUAACCGAGAAGAGGAAAGCCAGUAACUGCUGGAGCUGUGCUGAUACCCAGUAACUGAAGGAGACAGUGCAGAUCACAAUAUGUUUUCAAAUAAACUCGGAUAACAAGCUUCUAUUAAACCAGGAACUUGUGAAAGCAGUAACUUCUGAAACUACCGGGAUCAGGCACCGAACCUUAUACUGACCAGGGUCGGACAGCUUUGCUUAAAGGAUACUUUUGAAAUAAAACUGAUGUGACACCUGACACUAGGACACCAGCUAGUGAAACGGCAGUGGUUAGAGCUGCAGUGGAUUAAUUUUAUUCUAUUUUAGUUAGCUUUGUAUAUCCUCCUGUUCGAAUCCAUUCACGGUUAACAUUUUGGAUUUUAUGUUGACAAGCACCACUCUGGCAUGGCAUUUCAUUUGCUUUGUAGGGUGAUCUAACCUACUUGCAUUUCCUUCAGCUGCGAACAUUUCAGGUAUCUGUUCUCUAAGGCUAUUCCUUAGAAUUUUCUGCAUUGGCGCAUCCGGCUCGUUUUGAGACAUAAACAUUCAAUCACAAAAGUGCAUUUUGCAGCAUUUUACUUUGUAUUUUAUUAAAGUUAUUUUGUACGUUCCUUUUUGUGCCCAGGAGCUCUGCAUUGCAGCAAUUCAUCAAAAAAGCUAGCAGGACCUGAAACAUUAAUUUUUUAGGGGGACAUUGUAUUAAAUCUGAAGGCAAACAUACUUUAACUAAAAACACCUGUUUCCGAAGUCAGCUGUGAUCAUCAGUGUUCGAGAUUAGUUCUCUCAGUGACCUUACCUUUAGAGCCAUCCAUUUUCAUUUUAACUUUUUGAUAUCCAAUAUUUAUUUCAUAUUUAUUAGAAGAGAGUUUAGCUCUUUCAGAGCUGUGAUCCCAGAAUUCUGAUUGCUGUUCCCAGCUAGCUGGUUUGGUUGGUCAUUUUUUAAUGGCGCCUCAUUACUCCUUUACCAGUACCACCAUACUGCUGCUGCUGCCCUGGGUCACUGUAUUGACAUUUCCUUGUCUUGUGAAUGGCAGCACAGGUGGCUUGCCAGUGGACAAUGACCUAGACAGUGAGUUGGUGAUCCCACACCGGAUGCAUCUUGACAUCAAUGGGCACCAGUACUUCUCCAGUGGUGGGAACGACAUAAGGGAGAGGAACACUGAGUCAGAGCAUAAUGUCAUCUUCCAGCUGCGUGCUUUUGGUCAGGACUUCUACCUCAAUCUGGUGCCAGACUCACGCUUCAUGGCACCCGUAUUUGCUCAGGCAGCUGGAGAAGAGCUGCAGAAAUGUUUCUAUUCAGGUGAUGUUAAUGCAGAGCGGGGUUCAUUUGCAGCAAUGAGUCUCUGUGGGAUGGGGCUGCAUGGUGCUUUCGGUUCAAGGGGUGUGCACUACCUGCUUGAACCACUGAGCAACAGCUCAGUACUGCCACUCUAUGCAGACAGUCUGCCACCUCAUCUGCUUCACAGACGUCAUCCACUAGCACAGUCCAGUGACACCACUUCACGAUGUGGUGUGGGAUCUACAUCAACCGAUUCAGUACUACGUGCACUGGAGUGGUACAAGACCGCACAUAUGGACAGCAAAGAGGAGUCUAUCGAUCCUGGCAGGUUAGGUGGAGAGAACUUUACCCCAGAUAAGCAACUAAAGAAGCAAGGAGAGGCAGCCACUCCUCAGGGAAGAAAGAGGAACAAACAUGUUCCACUCAGGAAGGUACAGAAGUCUGCAGGUCGAACCAAGAGAUUUGCUUCACUGCCUCGCUAUGUGGAAGCUCUACUGGUUGCUGAUGAAACAAUGGUUAAGUUUCAUGGAGACAACUUGCAACACUACCUGCUGACACUAUUUUCAGUAGCCGCCAGUGUUUACCGCCAUCCAAGCAUCCUGCAUCCCAUCAACCUGGCUGUUGUGAAGGUGAUCAUAUUGCGUGAUGAAGACAAGGGACCCAAAGUGACAAGCAAUGCAGCAGUUAGUCUCCGGAACUUCUGCACCUGGCAAAAGAAACUCAACAAGGUGGAUGACAAACACCCUGAGUACUGGGAUACAGCCAUUCUUUUCACCAAGCAGGAUCUCUGUGGUGCUACAACAUGUGACACCCUCGGAAUGGCUGAUGUCGGUACCAUGUGUGAUCCCAAGCGGAGCUGCUCAGUCAUUGAAGACGAUGGCCUUCCUUCAGCUUUCACUACUGCACAUGAACUAGGACACGUGUUCAACAUGCCCCAUGACAGUGUCAAGGCUUGUGAGGAGGCCUUUGGGAAGCUGAAAGAUAAUCACAUGAUGUCACCAACCCUCAUCCAGAUUGACCACAAUAAUCCUUGGUCAACAUGUAGUGCGGCUGUUAUCACUGACUUCCUGGACAAUGGCCAUGGAGACUGCCUGCUGGAUGAACCGGUGAAGCCUAUUGUGUUGCCUGCGGAAUUGCCAGGAGAACAUUAUGGCCUAUCACAGCAAUGUGAGCUGGCAUUUGGGCGUGGCUCUAAGCCCUGUCCUUACAUGCAGCCUUGUGCUAAGCUAUGGUGCACUGGAAAAGCUCGUGGCCAGUUAGUAUGUCAAACCCGUCAUUUCCCUUGGGCUGAUGGCACCAGCUGCAAGGAAGGGAAGUUCUGCCUGAAGGGAGCCUGUGUGGAGAAACACACUCCUUCCAAAUAUAAGGUUGAUGGAGGAUGGGGCAGAUGGGGACCAUAUGGAACAUGUUCACGCACCUGUGGAGGAGGUGUGCAACUCGCCAAACGGGAAUGUAAUGAUCCAGUACCAAGUAGUGGUGGCAAGUAUUGUGAGGGGAUGCGAAUCAAAUAUCGCUCUUGUAACCUCAGCCCUUGUCUUGAAACAGGUAAAAGCUUUCGUGAAGAGCAAUGUGAAUCCUUUAACAGCUACAAUCACAGUACCAAUCGACUUUCUUCGACAGUUGGCUGGGUGCCAAAGUACUCAGGGGUCCUGGUCAAAGAUCAGUGCAAACUCAUUUGUCGGGCUAAUGGAACUGGCUAUUUUUAUGUACUCGCACCUAAGGUUGUGGAUGGCACCCAGUGUUCCCCUGACUCUACCUCCAUCUGUGUCCAGGGCAAGUGCAUGAAGGCAGGUUGUGAUGGAAAACUUGGGUCCAAAGCAAAAUUUGACAAAUGUGGUGUGUGCAACGGGGAUAACAGGAGCUGCAAAAAGGUUUCUGGCCUCUUUACAAAACCUAUCCAUGGUUAUAAUUUCAUUGUGAAGAUACCAGUGGGAGCAUCAAACAUCGACAUCAGACAGCGUGGCUACAAGGGGAUGGCAGGUGAUGACAACUAUCUUGCUGUGAAGAACGGGAAUGGCAAAUAUUUUCAGAAUGGACACUUUAUUGUGUCAGCUGUGGAGCGAGAUAUUAUCAUCAAGGGGAGUGUGCUGAGAUACAGUGGCACGACAACUGCUGUUGAGACUCUUCAGGCCUUCAGACCUAUUCAGGAACCCCUAAUUAUUGAGGUUCUGUCUGUUGGCAGAAUGACACCACCACGUGUCAGAUAUUCAUUCUACAUUCCCAAAGACACAAAGGAUGACAAACAUUCUUUGAAAAAGGAAAUAAACCCUGCCAUUAUCAGCAACCAAAUUCCAUCAGACUACAAUAAGGUCACCUCAACAAAGCCAGUCUACAGUGCUCCUUCUGUAAAGUGGACCUCAGGGGACUGGGAUGAGUGCACUGUUACUUGUGGGACUGGGGUGCAGAAGAGAAGAGUAGAGUGCCGUGAUUCUUAUGGCCAGAUAGCAUCCAGUUGUGACUCCUCUCAGAAACCAAAUGUGUUGAGAGUAUGUGGUGACCCAUGCCCUCUGUGGGAAGUGGGAGACUGGACACCAUGCUCCAAGACAUGUGGAAAGGGCUUUAAAAGACGCAUAUUGAAAUGUAAGGCACACUCUGGCCUAAUAGUGCCUCGUGAAAAAUGUAGCCUUAAGAAGAAACCACAGGAAUUGUAUAUUUGCACUAUAAGACCAUGCUGAUAUCUUGAAAACAGGAUACUGGAAAGGUUUUCUUCUGUACCAGGGAGAUGAGACUAAAGGCCUUAGCCAAUCACUGGUCAUUAUAUCUGCCACAUUUGAUAAUAAAUUGGCUUUUAAGAGGAGGUCUUUGUUACUAGAAAAAUAGGGAGGCCAUGUGCUGAAACGGAGUAGGAGAUAACAUGUGAACCUCUACCUCCAAAAAUUUACAUUCCAGCACUAUUUUAUGACUAAAAUUGGCUGUGGGGAGUCAAGAGAGAAGGUUACCCAGUUUGUCUGCCACUAGCUAAGGGCAGCAAAAACACAAUGGUAUUUUGAGUACCAGUGAAGAAGCCAGAUGAACUGAAGGUUGUACAAGGAACCAGAUAUGGUGCUGCUAUAAGUGUGUUUAGAGUUCAUUGUAGUACUCUACUAAAAUCCAUAUGAAAAGAAUUUUUUUUCACCAUGGGACUGUAACUUAUAAGUCUCAUUUUUAUCACCCUUUGAACCAAUAUUUGUAAUAUUCAGCAAAAUAAAUGUUUAUUGUCUCUAAACUAUGUGACACAAUGUCAGUUCCUAGGCACUUAGCGACUGACAGAUAUACAACCCUCCAUAUAUAUCAGUCUCGUGGUUCAUAUUCUUUCCCUUUAUUUUAUAAGUAUUAUGUUACCUCUUUAAAGGUCAGUGGUGUAUAUAAGUUUCUCACACUGUGUGUGCAUUUGUAACCUGUUAAUAAAAAAGUUUAGCUUUGUAUUAUCGAUAUUCUGAAAAAAAUGCUGGCAAUGACUAUGCAGAAAAAGGCACAUUGUAUAUAUUACAUUUUAGUGUUGUGACCCAGCAUGUGACUUUUGUGAUUACUUGUCUUCUAGUCCAAGUGUAAGUGUCUUCUAGUCCAUGUGUAAAAGUAGAAGAGAAAAACCUGGCUAACAGUCAUUUUCUGUUACCACAGAUAAAGCAGGUAAAUGUAAAGGGCUGACAUUCACUUUUUUUAUACCCGGAAAUAAACAUAUUUUGGGGUACAAGUAUGUAUAAAGAAGCCAAACAGAAGAUAUCGCACAAUAAGCAGCUCUUAUAUGUAUGCCUGAGGCAUAAUUCCAACUUUUAUAGUCUUUUAAUUUAUUAUGCUAAUAAUACCAGUACUGCAGUGCCGUAUACUGUUUUUAUUGUAUUGCUGGGAUAUGGUGGGGUAUAUCAUAUGGGGGCAAGAACCCCCAAUGUACUUACUUAUCCUUCUCACUUGUAUGGCUAUCCUUUCACUCUACAGGUCCAAAGAUUUUUGGUGCUUCAUUGAAAUGUUGUGUGCCACUCAGUGGAAUAUACCAUCAGUUGCACAGUUCCUCUCCAUGAAGGAAUUCCUCUUGUCCAUUCAUAGCUGUGCCUUUUUAGAUGGGCACUUACAUCCUACUCAUUUUACCGUGUCUUUAGUUAUAAACCCAUCACCCUUCUUUUUUAGGACCCAUGUAUACAUUGACAAGUGUUGAGCAUUCUUACAGCCUUCAAAGCUUUUUCUAACUUGUACAGACCAUUUCUGUAGAAGGCAAACAAAUUAUUGCAAAACUACAUUAACCUUUAUAUUUAAGUACCAAACCCUUACUGUCUCUGUUUUAUAUACCCCUGCAAGUCCUUCUGGAAGCAGAUGUCACAUCCAUAGCAAUACACCCAUUUUAGUGCACCUGGAACUGUCAUCUAGUAGGUGAUUCAAAAAAAAAAAAAAAUAUAUAUAUAUAUAUAUAUAUAUAUAUAUAUAUAUAUAUAUAUAUAUAUAUAUAUAUAUAUAUAUAUAUAUAUAAAUAAAGUAGCCAAGCAGCACUGCUUGUAAUACCAAACCUUUCUUCAUUCUUGUUCUCCGCAGACUGGGAUGACAUCCAUGAUUACAUUUGUUCAGUGCAUCCUACCCCAAAGGCAGCUAUUAAUCUACUUUGGAAUGUUCCCAUCAGCUUCAGCCUACCCAUUCUCACCAGACCAUUGUGUAAUGUGCAGACAAUAGCCAUGCUUAAAUCUAGGUUGUGUUUGAUCUUCCAUUUUAGACUGAAAAGGCAGGAUCCCCCUAUGGAUUUAAGCCAUCCUGACUAAACUUCCUCAGGACUGUAGGCCUUUAUGAGCCCUUUAAACUGUCCCUUAAUAUUUUCCAUUGUUUUCUCCACCAAUGAAAUUACCCUCAUAGAACUGAAAUAUUUGGUUACUGCUUUGUUUAUUCUCAGAGUAAGCACAUCUCAUUACCUUCAGAUGUUCAUAGGUAAGUAAUAGGCUAGCUGCUCUUGUAAGUCAUUUUAAGCUAGCCAAUUCCUCCAAAGGUGAAAAUCAAACCUUGCACCAUGUGUCUAUCAGGUAAACACGUUAACCAUUAUGCCAAUCCCCAAACCUUUGUUUCGCUUGUACCUUUUCAGUCUUCAGAAACAGAGUAAACAGCCUCAGUGUGGGUCCUGCCACCUUUAUUUUGCCAUCUAUAUCAAUGCCCAGUGAGUUAAAUAAUCAGAGGUAUGUGUCUUCAUCUGAUUUAGCCUGCUGAACCUUUUGGUACUUUGAUCUUGGAGAUCUUUCCACUAUUCUUCUUCUGCUUUCCCCAUCUUGGUUCGUCUUGUAGGCACAUUAUCAUGCUAAGCAACUUUUCAGCUAACUCUUCAAUGUGUUCCAGGGUAUUCUGAUGUCUUCUUAUCCAUGUAUGUGCAGCAGGAGUUUAUCAAGUUAUUUCUUCCUUGCAUUGUGCUUGUGCAACAGCAGGAACUCCUUGCUCUACGACCUCACCUUAUCUGCAAGGCUUUCUCCAUGUAUUCUAUGUUUUUACUUGGCAUUUCAGUUGCCAUAUUCCAGCAUCUACACUGAUCUGACAUUUUCAGCCAAAAGUAGUGGUGGCCCAAAUAAUACAGCUGAUGGAGUAUAACUGAUGAUGAUUUUUUUAUGGGGAGUAAAGCCCCUCCAUAUCCUUAUGCAUAGAGAUUCACUACGUACACAUACCUACUUAACGCAAUAAACUCUGAUGUCAUGCAACUAUGAGAAAAAAAGCAAGACCCCAUUGUAGGAUUUUCAUUUCCUGUCUCAUUAUUCAACUGCUAUUGUAUUUUCAGCUGAGUGGCUGUCAGCCAAGUGAUCUGCUCCAUUUUGUACCAGCUUUCCUUCAAGGUUUCCUCCUUCAAUUCUACUUCGUCUUAAAGAACACAAUCCUUUCUUUUCCAUGUAUUCUUACAUUAAGUAGGAUAGCUUCUUUUUUGUUGUCCUUUGUGUCUCCUCUCCAUUUUAGACCAUUCCUAUAUUACCUUCACUACAAGUGCUUUUUGACUGCACCUCUAUUUCUUGGAGUAAUUCUUAUUCUAAAAAGUGUGUAUAAUGUAUUGAAAGGCUUCCCCAUUUUGAGAAAAAACCCUGUUCCAUGCAGCCCUAAGCACUUACCAUUGUCCUGGUACCCAUUUCAAUCCAUGCUUUGGUAAACAAUGUCACAGCACAAUUAGGUCAAUGUUCUCACAGCCUGUGUACAUCUUUUACCACAUCAUCAUUUCUAGGAGCAGAAUCAGGGUUAGAGUAUGUAUAUUUUGGUUACUGCCUUUUCUCACAAAACUCUCAGCAAAUGUUACACUUCUUUUCACUGCUAAAGAUAGGGAAAUUCCAAUUCAAGUAAGCUAAACUGAAAUCCUGACACACCAUUCCCUUCUAAACUAGUUUUAAGCCUUUUAUUCAUUAAUGCAUUUUUAAGACACAUCUUAGGAGAUUUAAAAACAUGGUUGUUAUUGAGUUUUCCAGACUUGCCAUGAAGGCCUCUUCAGUCCAUUAUUUAAUUGUGCUUUGUUGACUGGGUUAGUCACACUAGAUUUGUAGCAUGUUUUCAGGGAGACCCGAGGUGAUAUUUAUACAACUUGGGAACAUUUGGUCAGGGCAUCAGUGAGCUCCCUCUACUCAGUAGGUGCUGUCAGAUCUUUACAUCCACCUGAGCUGUCACUAACUCAAGCAGGUGGGGCCUUGGUUGAAUGUCUCAUCUGAAAGAUGGCACACACAGCAGUGUAGUGCCCCACUUAUGCUGCAUGGCUACAGGUGGGGCCUUGGUUUAAUGUCUCAUCCGAAGGAUGCCAUACUCGGCAGUGUAGUCCCCUGCUUAUGAUGCAUGGGUAUUUUCUUUCUCUGUAUAUCAUCCUCAGCAAGUCAUUUACAUCCCACUAUAAUGCACUGUGCUGUCCGCUUUCUCAAUUCCAGCAUUCAUUAGCACCUGGUAUCAAUCCUUUCAAUGUUUUUAUCCAGGCCCUCAUUUAGCCUCAGUUUUGUAAAUCUCCAACAGAUCAAUUUCCCAUCCUGUAGGGCUGCCUGUGUUUGACUUUUUUUUUUUUUUUGAUUUCAGCAUUUGCCAGAAUAAUUGUCCACACUUUUGUUCUAUUUUUUCUGCAUCACUGCUUUUCUGUGGCUUCCAAGCAAUUGACCUGGGUUCAACUCCUGGCCAAUGCAAGAGUCCUAUACAUUUAGUUAGUCACCCUAAUCCUACAGGAGGCACUCGUAUGGCAUUUUCCAGGUGGCCUGGGUUUUGAUCUGAGUAUACGAAUGGACUGUUUUAUUUUAUGUGUGGCAGUUAACACAAAGCAUUAAGGCUAUCAGUUGCUAAAAAGCUGCUUCCUGUAGUCCAGGUUUGGAUUUCUUCAGGUUUCAUCUGCAUAUAUUGUAGGACUCCGAGCAAGUCAUUUAACCAAAAAGUACUCUUGAGUAAUUGGGUAUCUGGGCCAGGCUACUCAAUGGCUACCGUGACCUCAUGUGUAGUGAAUUUGUGAGCUCAGGUAGAUGUGAAUAAGUCUCAUGCCAAUUACUAAAAUUAAUAGGGAAAUUUCCCUGGUGCCCUAUCCAAAUUUCAGUUAGUUAUUAUUAAAACCAGUCAGGAUGUUCUCUGUAAAGAGGCAACUGGUGGAAAGGGAUUAAAUCAGCCAAUGAAGAAUAAAUUAAUGAAUGAAUGAAUGAAUAAAUAUAUAAAUAAAUAAAUAUGCAAAUCUUUUCAUAUAAUCAAAGCAGCAAGAUAAAACAUUAGUCUAUCAUGUUUAUAUUGUCAGAAUAUGUAUUUCUACCUUUAUAAGCACACGCUGCUUUUGUAGCUGUACAAUGAAAAUUGUCCUCCUUAUGGAAAUUUUGAGAUAGCCAUUCAUUGUGACCCAUUUCCUUGGUUUUCUGCCCGAGCCAAACCCUAAAGCAUCUCUAAGGCUAUAAUAACCUUCUUCACAGUCAGUGCAGACAGGGAUUUUGAUCCUACAUCGUCACAGUGACCCUUGCACCAUAUUUUUGAUUGGAAGCAUGUGCUUCAUUAUUUGAGAAAAUGGAUGAUUUCACAUUGAGGAGGUUGAAUAGAGAUGUCUCAGCUAUGCCUCGAUUGCUUUCAGCAGGAUACUGUAUGUAUUGCAGAAUAACAGGAAUAGAAGACCGAAUGCUCACUGAACUUUGUGUUAGUGUAUUUUUAUUAGACAUUUGUACUAAAGGGAAACCAACCGAUGAAAUUUUUGUGAAGUUAGUCCCUGCCACAGACAUUGACCAAGCUUGGAGGUCGUCAGAAUGUUGAUGCAAUACACACAUAGGACAAUGCAGCAGGACUGCUAAACCAAGUACCACCCCACUCCAAAUAAAUGUAUAAAAAUAGACAUUUGUGGACAAAAAUACCAUAUAAUACUUUAAUAUGCUGUUGCUGUUUCUGAAGUGAUUUUGGUGUGCGUUUCCAUACAAUAUGCAUCAUGGUGAUUGGCAGGUGGAAAGUCCUUUGCAUUCUUUUUCACCAGAGUGCAGAAUGUACUAUUCUAGAUGCGACACUGUCCACCAUUGAGAGCUCCUAUACUUCAGGUGCUGUGUCAUGACUGAAGGAACAUGAGAGCUUACAGGUUAGCAGACAAGGAAGUGGCUCAUACCAAAUACGUGCAUAAAGAUCACCUGCUGUCCUCUCUACUCUCAAAACAAUACGUUUUAACUUAUGGUCCCUACUUUUCUUCAGCAACACCAACAUCUUUGUGUACAACUGCAACCACUUCCAUUUUUUACAAAAUAAAUAACUAUAGUGAGUACAGAGUUAUUAAAUAGCCAUAUGACACAGAUCUGGGCCAGCCUGUACACAAGAUUGAUAUGAAGUAUGCCUGUAGGUUAAUUUCAGAUUCAUACUUGCUUACGUUUUUCUCAGUAUUAUGGUCACUGAAGCACCAAAGAUGAGGGACAGUAAUAACCAUUCCAUGCCACACAUAUGUGGGUCUGUUCCUUCGGGUCACCUGAGCACUGUACUCCAGUCAGGGGUUAACAUCCCAGAUCAUCAGGAAAGUUACACGGCAGAUUCUGAAAACCUGUUUCCCUUACUGCAUGGUAUAUCAGGUAAUCUACCAACUAAUAUGUUCACAAGGCCCUUUUGGACAGUAAAGCUGAAAAUAUACUUAGCAAGUGUUAGUCUUCAGAUUGGUACUUUAUUGUUUUAUGUUAAACAUAAAGUCAGUUCAACUGGCACACACUGCAUGCACUUAGAUAGGAAGGGACAUGGCUUGCACACAGAUAAUCAUGAUUUCUUGAAAAAAAUGUUAAACCAUCAGUACAUUGUCAUUGUUUCUAUAAAUUAUUUUCUAUAAACGCAAGCCUUAAUAGGUGUGAUAGGCAGCAUAAAACAAUCGAGAAUUGCUGACAAUAUUAUUUAUACAGAUUUCAGUUGCUCCUUUCUCUUAGUUUCUUUACUUUUUUUCUUCUUUCUGUGGUAUUUUGUCUCCAGAAGGACUGCCAGGUAAUAUGGUUCCAUCUAAGAGAUGGUUUUCUACUCCUUAACUAGGAUGCUUUAUUUUUUUCACAGUAAAGAAAUGUUACACCUGUUUUUCUGCCUUGUGUACUGUGUAUACAGGGACCAGUUGUAUAUGAAUAAAACUGUAACUGUAUGAAAACA